AUGCACAUCCGAGGCAGUAAAGGGCUGUCAGUGCAUCUGCAUUUCAAGGAGCCGUCUCUGUUCGACCGCAGCAAGCACCAGGCGAGUGAAGGGCUGUGUGUGCAGAACGAGCAGGGGAAGAAGCUGGCGAUGCUGCACGGCUGUUGUGUUAUCUUGGUACCCACGCUCCCCAAUGCAGUGGCCCACCUCCCCCCCUUUUCACCCGCCAACCACCAGGUGCACGGGCACGUGCUGAACGAGCAGGGGGAGAAGCUGGCGAUGCUGCACGGCCGGUCAGCUGCUCCGGGGAGGGCGUACUUGGGGGAGGUGCCUUCUGGGGUUGACGUGGCUUCUGAGGCGCGGCAAAAGUCAGCUGCUGUGGGGAGGGCGUACCUGGGGGAGGUGUCUUCUGGUCCUGAUGUGGGUGGCAGCAGCUUGGAUGAGACAAAUCGUGGACAUGGCUGUGAGAGGGAUGCUCUGACCCCAGUAGCAGCACCACCUGAGAACCCACCUGAGAUGACACCUGAGCACCCACCUGAGCAUGAACCUGAGAAUUCACGUCAGCGUCCACAUCGGCCACCACCUGAGAAACCACCUGAGCACUUUACUGAUCGUCCAGCGACCCGAUUAGCACCUCAUUCGCUGUGGCAUAAGGCUGCUUCAGCCACGGCUCACCAGCAGCAGCAGCAGCAGCAGCAGCAGCAUGGAAACAAGUACAACUUCUCGCCCUUUUGUGUCACACUCAAUGAGAUCAUGCCAGAUAUUGCGCCCUUCCUCCCCCCCACAGACUCCCGCUUUCGCCCCGACCAGAGGGCCCUGGAGGAGGGGGACGAAGCAUGGGCGAAUGAGGAGAAACGGCGGCUGGAGGGGAAGCAACGCAAGGCGCGGCAGGUGCAGGCGUCAGGUGAGGCAGGCGGCCAGGGCAUGGCAUGGCAUCCCUGA